ACCAAAUCACAAACAAAACAUUCUACAGAAAUACCAAGCACAAGAGAAUUAGGUGUUUUGGGACAGCUUCUAAAAAUGAAAGAAAUCUUGUUUCUUUCAAUACUGAUGGUAGGAGUGCUGUGUGAAGAUGAACAUACGCAGCUAAUUGUAGGACCGCUAUUGAGUGCGUACCCAUGCGCCGACACACGAGAGAUAUUGGUACUGUUUGAGGCAGGACAUGAGCAGAAGCAUAAUAAUAAAUACUACGUUUACGUGAAGAAAACCUUGUCGGCACAGAGUGUUAUGAGGGUAGCUUUCGAUUCUAUGGUGAACAUAACGUUGACUAUCCAUACAGAUCAAUAUGCAAGAAUGACAUUGGGAAGCGGGUACGCCUUCAAACUAUACUCCUACACCCCUGAAGGGAGUAUCGGAUUCCUCGUCGAGGGAACUGAGCCUGGUGUGACACCAUACUUGACUAGCUGUACCGUAGACGAUGUGGAACUAUGCAAUAACGAAAGAAGUGGCUAUCUGGCCGAGUACGCAACACGGACUGAAAUCAAGAGAUUGGGGCAGUGUGGCAGUCGCAGCAUAGACCACUCCGAGUUGAUUGUGAAUGGUGCGCCCAGCAAACCCGGCGAUUGGCCCUGGCACGCCGCGCUCUACCGCUUGGAUGGCCGGAACUUGAAGUACAUCUGCGGGGGGACGCUCAUAUCCAAGGUUCUCGUGCUGACAGCGGCGCACUGCGUGACGUACAGAGGUUCCAAGUAUCCGCCAGAGCUUUUCAGCGUUGUUCUUGGGAAGUACACGUUGUAUGGCGAUGAUAAAGAAUCAGAGGAGAAACAAGUUCAGCAAGUAAUAGUUCACGAGCAUUAUAACUACCGGCAUCUCUUCAACGACAUAGCUCUGCUGAAGCUGCGCACUGAAGUGGUGUACAACGACUUCAUAAUACCAGCUUGCUUGCUGAGACCUGACGACAAGAGCAAGCUGAACACUAAUCUACUGACUGGAACUAUAGUGGGUUGGGGUUUCGACAGCUCGGACAACCUGUCUAACGUGCUGCAGCAGGCGACGAUGCCCAUGGUGUCAGAACUCACGUGCAUGCGGAGCAACGGAUUCUUCUACGGCAACGCAUUGAAUGAGAACAGCUUCUGCGCUGGCUACCAUAACGGAACAUCAGCCUGCAACGGUGACAGCGGCAGUGCUUUCCAGGUGUUCAUUCCACAUGACUUGCCGGACAACGGCAAAAACGUGUCAGGCACAUAUCACGUCAAAGGCAUCGUGUCCAACACGCUGGCUCGCAGUGACGCGCCUAUCUGCGACCCCGAAGAGUACGUGGUGUUCACCGACGUGGAGAUGUUUUUGGACUGGAUAGACCAAUACUUGGAACAAUAAAACCUAAAUACUCGGUAAA